AUGGCUAAAAUAGGUGAAACUAAGAGAAUACAAUUUCUGGCAAUGGAGCGACCUCGUAUAGAGUACGUCGACCGCGAAUAUAUACCGUACUCAAAUGUUACGUCACUACGUCACAACCGCAAAGAUCAAUUUUAUUACGUCAAUAUACAUAUGAUGUUGGCAGUGCCAUUUGGGAACAACGUGACUAUGCAUUUCUAUUUCUACGAGUGGCUUACCAAUCAAUACAAACGUGGCUUCAUUGAAAUGCACUUGCCUGCGUGUAUCUUAAUACACAAGAAUAAAUUCUUCGGUACUGCAUUGAGAGGAUAUUUUCCAUCAACGUGCCCCAUACCUGUGGGUGACUAUCACUUAUACAACAUGACAGUUCCAGUAGACCAAAUUCCGAGGGGGUUCCCGUUUACAAAAGGCCGCAUAUACUGCAAUAUAACCAUAGAUAAUAAUAAUAAACUUAUUGGAUCAGCACAUAUUGAUAUUGAACUGAAAACUAUUAGCAUAUAA